ACACUAGACCCAAAUAGCUUUAGUCCUGUAAAUCGGGCUUUCGUGGUGUUAUAAUCAAACACGCCAGUCGGAGAAAAAGUUGAUUGGUUGUCGAUAGUCACGGGAUGGGAAGAGGUGACACGAUUGGACGGAAAGAGCGAACGUCGGAACAACUCUGCAACAGUCUAAAUAUUUGAAUCGCAUCGUUUUUAUGUAUGGUAUAUGUGUACAUAUAAAACUUAGCUCACGUCAUUAUUUUGAGCUUCUUUUGCACUUAUUCCAUCGUUUUUCCAAUUCACUCACACUCAGACAUUUAGGAAAUAUAAUACAGUGACAAAACAAGUGUUCCUCUCUUGUUGACGUUUACAGUUCUUAUGAGGUUCUCAGUUGUGACUAAUAAUGAAAACUAUUUUUCCAUUCAAAUGAACAAUGAAAAGCGUCCAAUUGUCGGCGGCUGGUUCAGCUGCAGAGACAGAAGACUUAUCUGAUUGGACGAAUUUGUGGUGCUCUUUUACGUUAGCCGUAUCUGAUUGGCUAAUGUACUGCAUCUUCCCAUUGCUGCCCAAUCAAUGAUAAGACCCCACUCAGCUGAUUCAGUCAAUCAGGUAACAGCACUCACGGUACCUGUUCAAAACUAACAAAACGUUACACGGUAACUCGUGGUUGUAACCUUUAAAAUUACACAACUACCAUUUGCCAUUUUUGAGCUGACUAUGGCCACACGUGUUCGACCGAGUAGUAAGCGCUGUGCGGUCAUCGGGGGCUCAGGUUUCCUGGGCAGGCACCUGGUGGAGAGGUUGCUGGAGCGUGGCUACACCGUGUCGGUGUUUGACAUUCGCCAGAAUUUCGAGAUACCCGGCGUCGCCUUCCACCAGGGAGACCUCUGCGAUUUGCAGGCUCUGCUGCCAGCACUGAAGAGUGUCUCUCUGGUGUUCCAUUGUGCCUCUCCAUCACCAGCUAGUGAUGACAAGGGACUGUUUGAGAGGGUCAACAUUCAGGGCACCAGGACUGUCAUUCAGGCUUGCAUUGAAGUCGGAGUACAGAAAUUGGUGCUGACGAGUAGUGCCAGUGUGGUAUUUGAGGGCUCUGACAUAAAGAAUGGGAGAGAAGAUUUACCCUAUGCCAAGAAGCCAAUUGACUACUACACAGAGACAAAAAUCAAGCAAGAAAAGUUGGUACUGGAGGCUUGUGACAAGAAGAAGGGUUUCCUCACCAUUGCCAUCCGUCCCCAUGGCAUCUUUGGACCUCGGGACCCGCAGCUGGUCCCCAUCCUGGUUGAUACAGCUCGCAGGGGCAAGAUGAAGUUCAUCAUCGGGGAUGGCACCAACCUGGUGGAUUUCACCUUCGUGGAGAACGUCGUACACGGACAUAUCCUUGCCGCCGAACACCUGAGGCCCGACUCGCCCAUAUGUGGAAAGCCAUAUCAUAUCACCAAUGAUGAACCGGUUCGAUUUUGGGACUUCAUGUCAGAUGUGUUGGUCGGCCUGGGUUACCCCGCGCCACGCUACCACUUGCCCUACACUCUCGUUUACGGCCUGGCUCUUCUGCUUUGGCUUCUGUCUCUGGUGCUACGCCCCCUGAUCUCCUUCAAACCUACGUUCACGCCAAUGAGAGUGGCUCUGGCUGGAACCCAUCACUACUACAGCUGUGAGCGAGCCAAACAGGACAUGGGCUAUAAGCCUCCGGUUAGCCUAAAGGAGGGGCUAGAACGCACGGUCCAAAGCUAUCCUCAUCUCAGACAGAAUGCAUAAAAAGAGAGUAAUGAUGAUAACGGUCGAGGCACAUGCACUGAAUGGACGAAUCCAAAUUGAAUCAAAUCAUUCCAAACUAUGCAACGGUUACUGGUGGCAAGCCUUCUUGUGGCUUUUCAACUAUACUGUAAUAUUUGCUCCAGCAGAUGUCAGCAUCUCCCCAUCCACACGUAGGGAAUUAUUCAAAAGCAUUUGCAAAGUACUUCUAUUUCAAUAGCACAAAUAAAAUGCACUUAAUCCCGCAAACUGUCAAGACUCUGAAUCAAUUUACUAUAACAAAACAAGCCAAAACAUAUCAUAGGAUGCAGAGCAGCGUGACACCACUCCAAACAUAAAGCAGGAUGCGUGUUUUCAGUCAAAACUGAGCAUUGUCAUGUGUUUGAGUUUUUGAUGUGUUGGACUUAUUAGAUUUUGCGAGUGUGGAGGCAGUGGUAGCUCUUGUUUCAUAUGCACACAGUCAUCCAAUGGGAAAAAAAAAACACUUUAAUGAGUUGUUGAAUUACAAUGCCGUGUUUUCUCAUCCUUAAUUGACCAUUUUCACUAAUGCUAAAAAUUCCUGCACCUAUGCUUCAAAUAUCUUGUUAGUUUCUUCCCCGAGGAGAGAAAGCUGUUGCAAAAGUGUACUGUUCUUCAUUACAAUGAAAUAAAUGUGAUUUUUUUUGUUAUGUUGCUAAAUAAAAAGUUUUGUAAUUCA